GGGCUUUCCGCAGCGACUUCCGGCAAUAAACCCGGACGCGCCGCCGCCGUCAGGUGGGGUCCGCGGUGGCCGCGCUGCAGGUGGGAGCGGGGACACUCGGCGCGCAGGACCUGCACUUGGACCCCCAUCAGCGUUUGGUCCUCAGUGAGGAGCCUUGUGAGGAGCACAGAGCAGCGAGAAAGGCCGGAUGAGCGAUGCCGUUUCUGGGCCAGGACUGGCGAUCUCCUGGAUGGAGCUGGGUUAAAACGGAGGACGGCUGGAAGCGCUGUGAGCCCUGGCGGCAGGACCUGGACCGAGAGAGCCCCCAGCGCAGCGUCCCGCACAGCAUAAUCCUAAAUAGUGAAGAUGACGAAAUAUUUACUAGUGAGGAGCAUGGAUAUGCAUCCAAGAAAAGGAAAAAGGACCAUUUUAGAAACGACAGCAAUACUCAAUGUUUUUUUCGUGAAAAAUGGAUCUAUGUCCACAAAGAAAGCACAAGAGAACGGCACGGCUACUGCACCCUGGGGGAGGCCUUCACCCGCCUGGACUUCUCGAGUGCCGUGCAGGACGUGCGCAGGUUCAGCUACGUGGUCAGACUAUUGCAGCUAAUUGCAAAAUCCCAGUUAACCUCACUGAGUGGUGUGGCACAAAAGAAUUACUUCAACAUUUUGGAUAAAAUCGUUCACAAGGUGCUCGACGACCACCAGAACCCUCGGCUGAUCAAAGACCUGCUCCAAGACUUGAGCUCCACCCUCUGCAUCCUGAUCCGCGGCGUGGGCAAGUCCGUGCUGGUGGGGAACAUCAACAUCUGGGUCUGCCGGUUGGAGACGAUUCUCGCCUGGCAGCAGCAGCUGCAGAACCUGCAGAUGACGCAGGUACGACCUUACCUGGGUCUGCGGGAGGGGAGGGGAGGCGGGCGGUCCACGUCCGCAGAGACAGCUGUGGUGGAGCUGGUGACGGACACGGGAAGUGGAGAAUUCUGCAGACACCUGAUCCUCUCGGAGAAGGGCCACGUGGAGUGGAAGCUGAUGUACUUUGCGCUGCAGAAGUGCUACCCGACGCGGGAGCAGUACGGGGACACGCUGCUCUUCUGCCGGCACUGCAGCACCCUCUUCUGGAAGGACUGCCGCCUCGCUUUGCUGUUCCAGGACUCGGGACACCCCUGCACGGCCACCGACCCCAACAGCUGCUUCACGCCCGUGUCCCCACAGCACUUCAUCGACCUCUUCAAGUUCUGAGGCCCUUCCCCACGACGUGUCAGCCUCCGAGCCCAGCAUCCUGUGACCGCGUGCUGCCCGGCCGAGCCGCUGGCAGCUUCCUGCUCCGGCGGGGACGCCGCGCUGUGUGUGUUCACCUUUGAAGGGUCAGGGAACCCAGUGAAGUCAUUUCCGCCUCCUCCUCUAAGAACUUAUAUUCUUCUGAGCAUUGGAAAAUUUGCAACUUUGCCUCCUAACAAAUACGGUUCCGAAGGGCCCUGGGUUUUGAGCGCCACGUGCUGUGCUGAGCUGACACCAAUCAGUGACACGCUUGAUGGUCACUUGUCUCCAGGUUUUGCGUAAGGCGGGGGGGCGGGGGCGGGGGACCAGCAUUCCGUGUAAAUACCUUGUGCAGAAUAUUUAUUUUUCUUAAGAUGUAUUUUAACCACACUGGUUGUGACCAAAUGACCUAGGGGAAUAUUUGUGUGUCCGUCCUGGUGUUUGGCGAUUGAGUUGUGAAUUGUGCAAAGUGUCUGUGACCAGCAGAGGUGUGAGUGGCGUGGCCGCCCUCCAGCCACAGCCCCGGCCACGCACCGUGCUGCCCUCGGACGCCGGCGUCCGGUGUCCCCGGAGCCCUGGAGGGACGGGCGACAUGACGAGCGGCAGUGGGGCAGCCUGACGUCUCUGUGUGGAAACUGCUUUACAGACAAUAAACCAUGUUUACUGACACCCCUCAGGCUUGCCCUGACUGA